GAUUUACAGAACGUUCAAAAAUGGUGUCCAACACCACACCACUGUACAAUCAAGCUUCUCCGUUUCCACCAGAACAACUUCCACAUGCGGACCCCGAACGAAAGAUGUCCUCUCACACACCGAGUACCUACAAUUGAGUAAAAGUCCGGAAGUUGGAGUUCAGAAAGUUGGAAUACGAGAUGUCAUGUUGAGAAAAGUGAUUCACAGCGAGAUCGCGAGAAACUCCGGCGAUCUGGAGUGGGAAAAACACGUACAACGACUGUGAUGUACAGUGAGGUUGCUGUACAGGAAUAUAAAAGGACCAGAAAAUUGUUGCAAAUCAAAAUGAUCCAGUCGGUUUUCAAAAUUACCAAGGACGGUCUGCGUAAUCGCCUGCGGGACUUAAUUACCCAGGAGCUGCACAAUGAGGCGGACACUGAAAACCACCUCUGGCAAUGAAGGUUGGGCUUCGAAUGAGAGCAAUAGUCCAAGUGGCUAAGAAGCAAGAAGGCAUCGAGUCAGCUGAGUGUUCCGAGAUGAAUAAGGACGACGAGAACAUUAUCGAUAAAGAUGAUCAACGCUCUUCGCGUGCAUCCUCUACGGAUGAACAUCCCGGAGCGAAGCCGACACUGAUUCACCAUACAACGCCGUCACUCGAUUGCCAGCCAACAAAACAUAAAUCUAUUCAAUCAGACUUCUCGGAAAAAUGCAUCAACUCGUGUAUCAAGCAACAAGGAUCGCUCACGAGCAUCCGGAACGUGCGGAGACUUUGUACAAGACGCUUUUCGACACUGUUUCGGCAUUUGAUCAAGAA